AUGACUACACCUGUACCACCCCUCGACCUCAACAACAUUCAAGGUGAUAUCCUCGGCGGAUUACCAAAGAGGACCGAGACCUACUUCUUCUUCGAUGUCACCAACGUCGACCAAUUCAAGGCCAACAUGGCCCAAUUCAUUCCUCACGUAAAGACGUCUGCAGGAAUCAUCAAGGACCGCGAAGCGAUCAAGGAGCACAAACGUCAGAAGAGGCCAGGCUUGGUCCCCAUGGCCGCUGUCAACGUUUCCUUCUCUCAUCUCGGUCUUCAGAAGCUUGGGAUCACGGAUGACCUGAGCGAUAAUGCCUUUACGACUGGCCAGCGCAAGGAUGCUGAAAUUCUUGGUGAUCCUGGUAGUAAGAAUGGUGACGCUUUCACCCCAGCAUGGGAGGCCCCCUUCCUCAAGGAUAUCCACGGUGUCAUCUUUGUUGCUGGAGAUUGCCAUGGAUCAGUGAACAAGAAACUCGACGAGAUCAAGCACAUCUUCGGUGUCGGCACCUCCCAUGCUUCAAUCUCCGAGGUAACCCACGUUCGCGGAGAUGUCCGUCCGGGCGAUGUCCACGCCCAUGAACACUUCGGCUUCCUCGACGGUAUCUCCAACCCUGCUGUCGACCAAUUCGACCAGAACCCGUUCCCAGGUCAAGAUUCGAUCAGACCGGGGUUCAUCCUAGCGAAGGAAAAUGGAGAUAGUCGCGCCGCUGCCAGACCUGAUUGGGCUAAAGAUGGAAGUUUCUUAACCUUCAGAUACCUGUUCCAGAUGGUCCCUGAGUUUGACGACUUCCUCGAAAGCAACCCCAUUGUUCUACCUGGUUUAUCGAGGAAGGAAGGUAGCGAGCUCCUUGGCGCCAGGAUUGUAGGCCGAUGGAAGAGCGGUGCGCCCAUUGAGAUAACUCCCCUUAAAGACGACCCGAAGCUGGCGGCCGACGCUCAAAGGAACAACAAUUUCGACUUCGGUGAUUCCUUAGUUCGAGGCGAUCAGACGAAGUGCCCUUUUGCUGCUCACAUCCGAAAGACAUACCCCCGCAACGACUUGGAGGGCCCCCCUUUGAACGCUGAUAUCGACAACCGUCGAAUCAUCCGCCGCGGUAUUCAAUUCGGUCCUGAGGUCACAAGCCAGGAGCACCACGACAAGAAGACGCACCACGGACGUGGCCUUCUAUUUGUCUGCUACUCCAGCAGUAUCGAUGAUGGCUUCCACUUCAUUCAGGAAUCUUGGGCCAAUGCCCCGAACUUCCCAGUUAAUGCUGUGACUUCGGCUGGCCCCAUCCCACCUUUGGAUGGAGUCGUUCCCGGUUUCGAUGCUAUCAUCGGACAGAAGGUCGGUGGAGGUAUCAGGCAGAUUAGUGGUACCAACCCCAACGAUCCCACUACGAACAUCACGCUUCCGGACCAAGACUUCGUUGUCCCAAGGGGUGGAGAGUAUUUCUUCUCGCCGUCCAUCACGGCUUUGAAGACUAAGUUCGCUAUUGGCGUUGCCUCUCCUGCUCCUCACUCCCAAGCUCCAAUCUCUGCUUGA